AUGCAAAAUGCUAGGGCUGCAAAGGUUCCAAGGGCUGAGAGGGAUGGAGUGGCUAGCAAAGAUCUGGGGGAUCAGAAUGAGUUCCGGGAUGACGAGUUGAAUAAUGAGCCUGCACCUGAGUUCAUGCAGGGGUCAUCCACAGGGAGGGUAGCAACACCAGAACCUGCACCGUCUCUCAGCCGCAGUGGCCGUCAAAGACGUGCACCUCGCGCACUCCAAGACUUUCUGCCGUCAUCUACUCGUGGCCUUCCAGCACACAUACCCAGGCCUCUCAUAAAUCGUCCUACAAGAUCUCACACCAUCUCCUGUGAAGAGGUUCCUGAUGAAUCUCAGCCAUCGGUUGAAAACGUGCGAACAUACGACACCACACCGAAUGAGUUUGGUGUGUUCCAUCGUUAUUCCUCACCUCCCUCCAACCCUCCAACCGAUACCACUUCUCUUGACGACUUUUGUGACUCUCCGAGUCUCAAGAAGGCGAAGGGAAAGGAGAAAGCGAGGCAUUGGUAUCACCUGUUCGACAAUGCUAAUACUGCUCGUAUUGUUAUGUGGAGCACUACAGGGCCACAUAACAAGUCUCUUGCUGAGAUAGAUCGACUUGUGAAUGAGGUUAUACGCGCGGAUGACUUCGAUCCCUCAGUAUUGAUGUCGCAAUGGCGUACUACGACUCAGCUACCCCGUCUAGACUCUGCAGAUGAUGAAAGUCUUUUCUCUCACCCUGAAGGCUGGCGACAGUGCUCAGUAAAAAUUCCUAUACCUAAAGAGAAGACGAAAACCUUCGAAGACGAUGCUCCUACCUUUGAAGUGGGAGACAUUCACAUGUGA